UUCUGCCUCAGACCUUGGGUGCAAGACGGACCUGGAGAGCUGAAGCGAAGGCAUGGGACGGACUGCUGAAACAAAGCCUAACUUCAGAGCUGCAUUCCUUCUCUACAUUGCCUGCUGUCUCCCACACUCUUUGGCCUUCAGCAUCGACACAGAGACUCCCAUGAUUUUCAAAGGUGAUGCAGCUGCGCAGUUCGGCUAUCGUGUUAUCCAGACAAAAUCGAAUAGUGCAUCCUGGUUGGUAGUGAGUGCCCCUCUGCAAAACAACGGGACGGGAUCCCUUUCCCGCUGCUCUUAUGACACAGGGAAGUGCCAGCCGGUGCUUCUCUCGAACACCUCUGGAAUAUCUCUGGGCCUCUCGCUGGCUGCUGACGAAACACAUGAUUCCAAAAUAAUAGCUUGUGGUCCAACUUGGAAGCAGCGGUGUCAGGACCUCAAUUAUCUGAAUGGAAUCUGUUACAUCAUGACCAACUUUGAUCAAAACUUACAAGAGAUCCGUCCAGCUUUCCAAGAAUGUUUUUCUGGCGUGGAUGCUGUGAUCUUAUAUGAUGACUCAGGGAGCAUCUCUAACCCUGACUUUAAGAUCAUGAAGAACUUCAUUGUGACACUUAUAGAGUCUGUGCCUAAAAAGAAUGUACAGUUUGCCGUUGUCCAGUUCUCCAGUCAAUCCCAAGUGGUUGUUAACUUUGCUGACUAUAGUAAAGCUGGAGGUCAGGUGAAAGACAUCAUCUUCAGUUUUGCACGUGCCCGUGGGAAUACCUACACCCCCAGUGCCAUUCGCUAUGUGGCGAACUCGGUCUUCACAUCCUGGCAAGGCAUGCAACCCCAAAGCAAGAAACUCCUCAUUGUGCUGACCGAUGGGCAAUCCAAUGACAAAGAAACCACAUUUCAAGAAGCCAAAGAGGCCGUGGAGAGAAAAGGCAUAAUCCGCUAUGCCAUUGGGGUUGGUCAGUUUUUCCGUACACAAGAAGCAGCUAAAGAUGAGUUGCGCAAAAUUGCUUCAUCAGAUGAGAAUGUUUUCUCCGUGGACAGCUUUGAGGGACUCCAUGCACUUCAGGACCAGCUGAAGGAGAAAAUAUUCAAUAUUGAAGGAACAUCUGGAGACAAUCCUGGCAACAUAUUUCAGCUAGAACUUUCACAAGGUGGAUUCAGCACUCUCAUCACCCCAGGACAUGUUGUGACUGGAGCUGUUGGGGCUUAUAAUUGGGCUGGGGGUCUGGUAGAAGAGUCCUUGAGAGGCCCUCCCCAAACCAGGUUCUUGAACAUGUCUUCAUCCCAUGGUGACUUGACGGAAUCCUAUCUGGGUUAUGCGGUGGCGCUGGCUCGUCAUGGUCAGCGGCAGUUCUAUGUAGCCGGGGCACCACGAUACAAUCACAUUGGGAGGGUCGUGGUGUUCGAAAGCUCGAGCAGGCGGUUUGCGGGGUACUUUGGGGGUAAACAGGUGGGUUCUAACUUUGGUGCUGAACUCUGCUCUGUGGACCUAAAUGCGGAUGGAAAUACCGACCUAAUUCUGAUCGGAGCACCCCUUUAUUACAGUGGGACUCAAGGUGGCCUGGUUGAGGUCUGCUCAAUCAGCAACAUGGGUCGCCUUGUUUACCUUCAGACACUUCGUGGAGUCUCCGGCUACAGUCUGGGCCGUUUUGGGGCAGCGCUCUCCUCUCUGGGGGAUGUGAGUGGGGAUGGCAUUGCUGAUGUGGCAGUUGGAGCCCCCAUGGAGGAUGAGGGUCAUGGGGCUGUUUAUAUCUUCCUGGGAGAAACGGACAGACUGAGGGAAAACUGGAGCCAGCGGAUCGCUGCCACCUCUCUCCCCCUUACACUCAAUUUCUUUGGUCAGUCCAUCCAGGGAAGACUGGAUCUGAGUGCGGAUAAUUUGACUGACCUGGCUGUUGGGGCACUAGGAAGUGCAGUGCUCCUUCGAUCCCGGCCAAUUUUCACUGCCACCUUGUCACUGAAUUUCUCACACUCCUUGGUCCCUCUGGAUGAUCCAAACUGUGGAAGUCGGGAGGUUUCAGGAGUUUCCCCUCGUGGGAGUGUCAGCCUUUGCUUCACCCUGAGACUCCUCAGCACAAAAUGGAGCCACGGUGUUCUCCCAGCUACAAUCUCUUACCAUCUCAAGGUGGAUGCCAAUCAGUCCCUGCCACGCCUCACCCUAGAGAAAGAGGCACAAAGCAUUUCAGAAACCAUCCAGGUUGGAACUAUGCCAGUCUGCGUCAGAAAGAUCCUCCAGGCUCCGCUUUGCCUGGAUGACUCUGUCUCUCCACUUGUGCUGCGAGCAAAUUUUUCGGUUAAGGAAGAACCAGUUGCCUCUGCCCAGAACCUACGACCCUACUAUGAUCUUAGGCCUGAGUUGCCCACUGAGAUCCAGAUUCCCUUCAAGCAAAACUGUGGUUCUGAUAACCUUUGUGUGGCUGACCUUCGGCUCUCCUUCAACUUUUCAGGGUCAAAGGGUCUUAGGCUGAGUCCAAAUUUCAUACUGAACUUAACACUGAAGCUAGAGAAUGUGGGAGAGAAUGCAUAUGAGCCAGGCCUUUCCUUCCACUAUGCUCCUAUUUUGUCUUUCCAGAGGGCUUCAGUUCUUCAGUCAAAUUGGCCACUGUCCCCAAAUUGUGAAAUGCAUGGAUCCCAAGGAAAUGGAUCUGUACGUCACAGCUCCUGCCGUUUCAAACCACCAGUCCUCAAGGAAGGCACUCAGGCUCUCCUUCAGCUCUCCUUCCGCUCUUCCAGUGCUGUUUCCUGGGCUGACAAGUUAGUUUCUUUCACCGUUAACGUGCACAGUCAGAAUGAGAAUGACACUCUGGGUGACAACGAAGCCACCAAGCAGCUGCCUGUGCUGCACCCGGCCAACGUCAUCGUAGAGAGGCUCAAGUCCACUACGCAUCUUAAUUUCUCAAUAGUGAACCCAGAGAAGAAGACGCUCACACAUGCCUACGAGGUCAGAAAAUUGGAUGCAAACCCCAUCUCACUUAACGUGACCUUUGAGCUCCCCUUACAGACUGAACUGGGAUUCUUCUGGAAUAUAACAUCAAUCAAUAGUGAAAAGCUCAUAUGCACCACUCCGUCUGCUCCUGAAACAGGAAUCGAGACUAAGCACCCUGAGAAACAAAUCACGAGAGGGUGCCUGGGAGCUUCUGUCUGCACUAAGGUUCAUUGCCAGAUUGCCCAUCUCUCUCAGGGAGAGUCCAUCAAGGUCAACUUUUCUGGGGAUUUUUACAGACAGAAAGAUGCUUCCCAGCUGGAGUCUCAGAAUCUCCAUCUUCGCAGUGAGGCGUUUGUGACAGUUGAUGAAACUCGGUUUUUCCUGAGUCAGCCAGAGGAAUUUCAUUACAAACAGAUCAGCACUGAAGUUGAGCUGAUUUCACCAUUCAAUCCCGUCCCCAUCAUCGCUGGCAGCAUCACUGGAGGCAUCCUGCUCUUAGCCAUUCUGGUGGCCAUCUUGUAUAAGGUUGGAUUUUUUAAACGCAACCGUGUACCCCAUGAAACCACACCGGGACCAGCUGCCCCCACGGAACAAGCCGCACAGCCAACUCCCCAAACUAACUAAUUCCUAAGAGAAUGGGAGAUAUCCUGGGGGGAGGGGUGGCCUGAGGGACAGGAUUUCUGGGACAGGAAGCAGGAAGGAAAGGGCAAAACAGAUUGAGAGGCAAGACCUCUGGAUUCCCUGGGGGAGGAAUGGGUGGGGGGCUUUGAAAGAAGAGUGAACAGAGGAUGGGAGCUUCUUGACUGGUUAAUUUAAUAAAAAGAUUAACAAACUGAAGCUCAAACUUCCAGCCCAUGGAAAGUUUGAAUGUUUUUUCUUUAGCUUAGAAAGCUAGAACCAAUUUAGCUUAGUUCUCUCUUAUUACCAGUGAAAUCAUGAUUCAAAAGAAAGACUGUCUGUCCUCAUCGAGCUGGUAAACCUGUGCUUGAAUCAUACCUCUUCAGGCUCCAGGUAGGGGCUGUUCAUCUGAUUGACUGCAUAUCCCUCUACACAUACACAACAUGUGUCUGCCCUGUUUGUGUGUGAGGUGGCAGGUGCAUGGAUCUAAUUUUAACAUCAAAAGGGGCAUGCAGAUGAAGGGUUAGUGGAGGAUAAAAUUUUGGCGUGCACACACACAGACCCCGACCACUGCUUUUAUACCUCAUGAACUGGCUACUAUGUCAUGUCUAAGGCCUAAUUAGGGUUGCCAACAUUUCAUUGCCGGAAUGAGGGACACAAGUUGGGGCUGGGGGUAGGCAGGAGGUGUAUGCAGUGGUACGCAAGAGCCUGAGUAUCAAUGACGUAUAUGUUAUUGCAUUAUAUGCUAUUGAAUAAUGCCAGCAUAGUUGUUAUUUAGAACAUUUUCAAGUUAUACCACUUUUCAAUCAAAAACUCCUUAAAAUAGUUUACAUAGCAAAAGGAAUAAUGCCCUCACUGCAAGUAUUUUACAUUGCCGCUGUUCGCCCCACCACCAAAAUUCAGGACAAAUGCUAUCCCUAUCGGGACCAACAUUUCAUCCCUGAAAUGAGGGACGUCCCUCGUAUUGCCGGAGAGUUGGGAACCCUAGGCCUAGUUCAUACGAGUGACUUUGGCCCUACAUCUUGCCAUAGAAACAAAGCACUUAUGCUGAUAAUUUGGCUUGAGGCUUUUACCUCAAGAAGGUGCCACCUUCUUCUUCCCUGCUAUGCUAGUCUUGCAGGAAAGAGCUGAGGUGUGUGUGUGCCUUUUUGUGCAGCCAAAAAGAUUAUUUUUCUUGCCUACAGGAUUUGGUGGGGAUGGUCAAAAGCCAUAAGCCCUGCAGUGAAAGCAGAACCCUCUCUUCUUUUUCACUGUAGCAGCUGAAAAAACCCUGAAGUGAGACUUGACACAAGCCUGUUUUCAUAUCACAAUGCCAAUAGCAUACACUGAUGUAAUUUCUUUCAAAAAAAGCCAAAGUUUACACAUUUUGUGUCCUUCUCUGCAUUGCAUGAAGCCAUCAUGUCCGUUAGUGCUGAAUGCAGGAUGUCCGGUUUUGUAAUGACCUUUUAGCUGAUGCAUGAGCUGGAUGCAUGAAUGGCCACUGGCAGGAGUCAGACAAAAAGUAGCUGCCCUGCCAGAAAUCAAUCUAAGUGAUGAGGAUGGAAAGUGGGGAAGAGACAGAGUGGGGUAUAAUUGAUUAGUUGAGAGUGUCUGGGAGUAUUUUGCUCUCACUGUACCAAGACAUUUUAGCACUGCUCUUUCAAAAAGAAAGGAUGUUGAGUCAUAGUGAACAGUCACAGUGAGUGCAGCUACUCUUUCCCAUAAAUUCAGUGGAAUGUGAUUCAGGCUUGUGUUGACAUCUUCCUGUCAUUUGUAGUACUUGCUGCAGCAGCUUUGAUUUUCAUAGAAUUUCAAAAAUGUGCUAUGAAAGUCUCCUCGGCUUCAGGAGGGGCGUGGCUGACCUCUCCUGCACUGGAGGUCUUCAAGAAGAGGCUUCUGUUAAGGAUACUCUAGCUCUGGAGUUCCUGCAUCAAGUAAGCCUGCCUCCAACUAUAUGCUUCUGUGGGAUCCACUUUCCCUUCUCCUCCAGCAAACCUAAUUUCCAGAUACUCCUGAGCUUGAAGAGAGGCACAGUGGUUAAUAUAUUAUCCUUAGGGCCAAAUCAUGUGUAGGUGUGGUGCACAGACCUCUGAACCAGCUUGGGGUAGUGGAAAUGGGUUAAUUACCUCCCCCUAUGUGGUCCUGAUCCAGAUUGGGGAGAUGGCUAUUCAUUUUCUCUCUCAUGCACCCACACACGCAGAACGGGUAAACCACAUGAUUAAAGCCAAGUCUAGUUGGGCCUUUAACCAUGUGUAAGGGCCAAACUGAGCUGAAAUCCCCAAUCAGUCACAAAAUUCACAGGCAUGACUUUAGGCCAGUCAUUGUCUCUCAGCCUAACCUACUUCAUAGGUUGUGGCAAGAAUAAAGGAUAGGACAAGAGUCCGUAUAUGCUGCCUUGAGUGCCUUUGAGGAAGGACCAGAUAAAAAUGUAGCUCAUAAUAAGAAAGCCACUCUUGAUAAUAAAUUUCCACUGCUCCUAAGUUCAGCCCUUCCCAGGGGCCAUAAGGAAAAAGGAAAUGCGCAAGUUUCUUUUGGGCAUUCUCUCUAAAGUGGCAAUUCGGUGGCCACCCGAUCUAGAUGAGUGACAACCUCAGAGCCACAUAAAUCACAGCAGGAGCACCUGGGUAGGACCAGCCCAGAAGGCUCUAGCAAGCGAGGUGUGUUGCAGGCCCAGGCAAAGUUCCUGAUGGGUCAGGGGAGGGUCAGG